AUGGCGCCGCGCGACCUCUUCUUGGAGCCUGACGAGGAGGAUCUUCUUUCUGGUGGAGAAGAAGUCCUGGAGGGUGAGGAUGAGGAUUUGGACAUGGAUGAUGGAGCGGAUUUUGAUAUCUUCAAAAGCGGGAAGAAAGCAGGUCGAGAAGGUGGUAAGAAAGCUGGUCUUGGUUCGUCGAAGAGCAAUAACGAUUAUAUGAUCCUUGGAGAUCUGGAACAAGAUGGAGAGGAAAACGCUUCUGACGAUGAUGAAGAUGGAAAACGUGCUCAAAAGAAUUCCUCCCGUGGCUGGGACUAUGCUGACGGUGGAGUAUUGAAAACGCAGGAUGAAGCAGGAGACUCGUUGGCGGAGAAGAUUCAGAGACGCAUAGAAGCUCGGAAAGAAUGGGCUGAGUGGUCGGAAAAGAAGAAUGCAGAGAAGUCUACGAAGCGUCAGCGGAAGGACGAAGACGAAGAUGGAGCUGAAAAUGAAGAAGAAGUAGAGGGCUCUGACGAAGAAGGUGAAGAGAACGACGAUGAAGAGGAAGAGAACGAAAGUGAUGGAGAAGGCGCUGAGGAGGAACAAGUAGAGAACGCCAAGAUGAACAAGAAGAUUAAGAAAAGUAAAGCAUCCACCACGGCUGCAACCAAGAGCGAAGAAUCCUCGAAGGCCCAGUCUACUUCCAAAACCUCCACGACUCCAUCAUCUUCCUCCACUGCGCCUUCAGCUACUGCAUCUUCUCAAGAACAACCAGCACAGGAACCAGUUAACAAAGCUCCCGCACCUAAACCUAUCUCGAAAAACACAACUUUUUUCGGCGAUCUCGAACUCUCUAGGCCAGUGUUACGAGCGUUGACAGAGAUGGACUUCACUGAGGCUACGGCAAUUCAGAGAGACUGUAUUCCUCCAGCCAUUCGAGGCCACGAUUUGCUAGCAACGGCCGAGACAGGUUCUGGUAAGACUGCAGCUUUUUUGUUACCGAUAUUGGAACGCAUCAGCAGGAGUCCACAUGUAGCUGGCAGAAAAAGAAUCAAACUGGCGAAUGGAGGAUAUAAGGUAUAAAGACCGACUAUGUUGUGGUACUCUUUCGAUGCUGAUCUGCUCUACUAAAUAGCUGUGGUCUGAUGAUUUUGGUUCUUUCGAUCAUACUUGCUGAUAAAAACCAAUAAAUCCUCUUCACCCCCUCGAAAAAUAGACUUCUCUUCCCCCACCCUCAUCCUUCCAACUGUGCAUCAAAUCCAAUUCUUAUCCCACCAACUCCCUACAGGUCCAAACUUCCGUCAUUGCCACCAAAGCCCUUAUCCUUCUCCCGACACGAGAAUUGGCCACUCAGUGUUUCAGCAUGCUCCAGAAAAUGUCCAAGUACUGCCUUGUAACUUCGUCUCUAGUCGCUGGAGGCUUCUCAGCCCAAGAACAAGCGACGGCACUGAAGCAACAACCGGAUGUCCUAAUUUGUACUCCUGGACGGAUCUUGGAUCACUUGCUGAACACCCAAAGUGUCCAUCUAGAGAUGUUGGAAAUUGUUGUAUUCGAUGAAGCAGAUCGCCUGCUGGAGAUGGGAUUCAGAGAUGAGUAUAUUUUUUUUACUUUUGCUUGGUAGCUUCUUCUACUGUCUUUGUGCCUGCAUACAGAGUGGUCAACGAUUUGGAUUUCCACCUUUCUCCUAGUUGUAGGAAGAUGAAUGUAUGUUUAUAACUUAACUCUACCUCUUGACGUCUACAGGUGUAAAAACUCCACAAAAACCCCACCUGACUCCACUCCACAAGGUGCAAAGAAGUUCUUCGUCGUUGCUCGCAUGGUCGUCAGACCUUGCUCUUUUCCGCCACUUGGAAUCGUGACGUCCAAGAUUUAGCUAGUAUCGCCCUUCGAAAGCCAAUGCGCAUCGAAGCAGAUCGUGUCAACCAAGUGGCUCGCAUGUUGAAACAAGAGUUCGUCGCCAUCCCAGAAGCUUACUUACGCGAAGCCGCUCUGUUGCACCUUUGUCGUACGAUUUACCAGCAAGGUGUGAUCGUGUUUUUCCAGACGAAGCGGCAAUGUCAUCGAAUGGCGAUCAUUUUCGGCUUGUUCGGCUUGAAAUUCGCGGAACUGCAUGGUAACAUGAGCCAAACCGAUAGGUGCGACAGCGUCAACAAGUUUCAACGGCAAAAUUGCCAAUUUUUGCUCGCGACAGACUUGGCGGCACGCGGUUUGGAUCUGAAGAAUGUCCAGUGUGUGAUCAACUUCGAAGUACCUUCGGAGGAUGCAAGAUACAUCCAUCGAGUCGGACGAACUGCGCGAAUGGGAACCACAGGGCAGAGCGUAACCCUCCAUUGCGGACCAGAUGAGUACAAGAGGGUGAAAAAACUAGCCAAACUGUGUUCGAAAGAACAACAAGGGAAGAACAAAAAAGCAGGACCACCUGUUGCAGGAGCGGAGGAAGCAACAACUUCUUCUAACGACCAAUCCUCAUCUUCGAAAAAGAACGCUGCUGGAGGUGGUAAAGGCAAGGGCAAGAAUGGUAAGGGAAAGGGUAAGAAGGGCGGCAAAAAACAGAACCAGAAGGACGCUGAAGUGGAUGGAGAAGGCGACCAGCAAGAAGAAGGCCAAGUCCAAGAAGCUCAGCAGCAGUCUUCUCUCCCAGCCGUCGAACAAUCUUCUAUGACGAAGCGUCAUCUAGAUCUGGAAGUUCUUCAAUCCGUUUAUCAGGAAAUCACCUCCUAUGAGCAUGACAUCACGGAAGUCAUCGAAGAGGAGAAAACCGAACGCGAAUAUCGACUUGCCAAUGUCGAGUUGACCAAGGCUGAAAACCUCGAAAAACACAGAGCCGAAAUCGCUGCCCGACCGAAGAAGGUGUGGCGACAGACGAAAGGCGAGAAAAUCCAGCAAAGGAAAGCGGAGAAGGAGCAUCGAAUGGCACUGGAACAGGAUAAUAAGAAGGAGUCGCGAAAGCAGAAACGACAACGACAGUUGGCGGAAGAGGUAAAGCAGCGAGAUAUCCAUAGACAGAAGACGGCGAAGAGAAACGCAAAACGGAAUACAGAAGUGUACAACGGAGCAAGAGAUGGAGGAGCUUCGAAGAAGAAGGGUGGUGUUAAAAAGAAGGGGGGGAAGAAGAAAUAACUAGGACUAAAAAUGAAUCUUCUCUACAACAACAACUCCUGAUCAUAUUUUCCAAAAUUAUAUUCACCCUAUGACUUGUUGAUAAAUGCAUACAAUUGCACGACCUAAAAUCGCAGUCUUCGACUGAAGACCAACCAC